AUGGCGCACCUUGACCACAUCAUCGUGCUCGUACCCUAUGCCUCACUCGCGAACCCUCCGACUUGGAUAACCGACAACUUCAAAAUCACGCCCGGUGGCCAGCACGCAGACCAGAAAACCGAGAAUCGACUGAUUUGCUUCCGUGAUGGCAGCUAUAUCGAAUUGAUAGCAUUCGUUAAUGAUGAUCCAAAGAACAGAGAGGGUCAUCGUUGGGGCGGCAAGCAGCUCGGCAUUAUCGACUUUGCCCUUACGCAUAGUACUGGAGAUGCUGCCGUCUUGUUCUCGGAGCUGCAAAAACGACUUGGGCGCGUGAAGUGGAAGGAAGGCGCUGCUAAGGUCGAGUACCAGCCACCUACUGCGGGCGGGAGACAAAGGCCAGAUGGAAAGGAAGUCAAGUGGACUGUCACUGUGCCGGUCACUGCAACCGGAUACCAGAGUGGACAGCUUCCAUUCUUUUGUCACGACGUAACGCCACGUUCAAUUCGAGUUCCAGUCUCCGAGGAGGCAGUUACACACCCAAGCGGUGCAUAUGGGAUUAAACAAUUGACUAUCUUUGUCGAAGAACUCCACAUUGGGGCUCUUUCCCUGGCCUACUCUGCCAUCACGGGAGUACACAAGUCCUCCGCGGAUGACUCGCGCGGCAUCUUCAAUUUGAAUAGAUUGACCGAGGUUGAGGGCACGAAGGCUACACAGUUCAACUUGCAGGUGCCAACUCAACAGUGGCAGGUAGAUUCGAUGAGGGAGAGAGGUGGAGUGUUUUUGGGAGUUCUGACUUUUGGUGGCCGACCUACCUCAUGCGAAACGGAGUCGUCUAAAAGAAUAGACGAUGGAAAGGGUGGUAUGGGAGAGGUUCGUCUUGACCUGGAGAACCUCGUCUUGGGUAUUUGA